GGUCGUCACAGAAGCCGCCGGGCGGGAGGGGCCGCCGCAGAGAGCUCCGCGCUGUGUCUCCGCUCCCCGGCGGGCCCGACCGGUAGGGCGCGGCCGCCCCCCUCCCGCGGCCGCCCCUCCACCACCUCCCCAGUGGUGUCUCCCGGCUCCAGCUGACCGGCCUGGAAUCCCGGCUGGGAGCCCCGCGCCCCCCCCGCCCGCCGCUGCCGCCGCCCCGCGCACCGGCCCCACCAUGGGAGACGCUGGCAGCGAGCGCAGCAAGGCGCCCAGCCUGCCACCGCGCUGCCCCUGCGGCUUCUGGGGGUCCAGCAAGACUAUGAAUCUCUGUUCCAAAUGCUUUGCUGAAAAAAGAAAUCCACACAACGAAAAAGAUUUCCAGAAGAAACAGCCAGACGAUGACUCUACUGCCAGCACAAGCAACAGCCAGUCAGAUUUGUUCUCUGGAGAAACGAACAGUGACAACAGCAAUACCUCUCUAACCACGCAGGCCGCUAACUCCAACCAGCAACUUUUGACAGAACUGAAUGUAACUUCACCGAGCAAAGAGGAAUGUGGGCCAUGCACAAGUACAGCUCAUGCCUCGUUAACCACACCAACCAAAAGAUCUUGCAACUCAGAUUCACAGUCGGAGAGUGAGGCUUCUCCUGAGAAACGGCCACGGCUACUGGAUGACAGUAAUGACAGGCCUGAAGAAACCAGUCGAUCCAAACAGAAGAGUAGACGCCGAUGCUUCCAGUGCCAAACAAAACUGGAGCUAGUACAGCAGGAACUGGGAUCAUGUCGCUGUGGUUAUGUGUUCUGUAUGUUACAUCGCCUGCCUGAACAACAUGACUGCACAUUUGACCACAUGGGACGUGGGCGUGAGGAAGCCAUUAUGAAAAUGGUGAAACUGGAUCGGAAAGUAGGGAGAUCUUGCCAACGCAUUGGCGAAGGAUGUUCCUGAGUGCAAGACUGCAACCAAAUGCUGUUCUCUUAGUUCACUAAUGUUAGCCUUAUUUAGGACAAAGUCAGCCAGACACCUUGUACUAGGCAAGUUUCAGACUACAGCCAAUCAGUUUCCUUUCUUUAGCCAACCGUCCUGGUACUGUAGUUUAGGGGUUGAUGGUGGUUGAAAUUGAUUUCUGGCUGGUUACUAAGGUGCCUGCUAGCCACCGUAUAAAAAUAAAACAUGAAGAAAUACUAUUUUUGAGCAUGGCUAGUGGAUUUAAACAAAACAAGAAAAAUCCAAAGGCUUCUGUUAUUGCUGGAGUCACUCUAAAAGCCUUACGCUGGAAACAUUCCAGCUGCAGAGUUAAAACAAAUAGUUGUAUAGAAGCUGGUGUAAAAGUUUGCUAUGCACAUGGCUUUCGGACAAACUGUUUAAUGUGCAGCCUUUCACCUCUUCACUGCUAGUGAAUCCUGAGGAGGUGAAAUACUACUAAGAGCAGCAAUCGCAGCUGCUUAAGCCCAGAAGACCUGACUGGUCACUCGUGCCUUCAUCGCGUGUGGCUUUUGAGUUAGGCAGUGUCACCAGCAUCAGGGAUUCUGUUGGGGUAGGAACAUCUUUCUGGUUCUUCCCAGGAAGCCAAAAAGAAGGGGACAGAGAUUCUUAUGAAAAAUUUUUAUAUCUAUCUUACUAUAAAGAACCUAUCAGGGUUUUUUUUCUUUUUUUUUGUUGUUCUUUUUUUUGUUGUUGUUGGGUUUUUUUCCUCUUUCUUCUCAGUUAAAUUAUGACCUCACUUUAAAGCCACCUCCAUCCCAGAACAGUAAAUGGUGCAUACUUUUUACAUGGCAUCCAGAGAUACUAUGAGUUGUGUGAACAGAUUCCACAUACCUUGAGCAGUGCAGCCAUUCCCACUGGCCGAAACCUGAUUGGCUCUCGUUUGCCUUUUGCUAAGUGCAGGUAUCUGAUAAUUGAUCAAAUAAGGCUAAUUCACAGCACAGUAGCCAUGGCUGGAUUCUACAGACUGACUUUCUGUAGCUAGACUUAUAUAUUGGGGGGAAAAAAAAGGACAUUUUGUAGCAAACGGAAUUCAGUAACAGUAUUGGGGAACAACCGGUAAAACACCCUUUAUCAGAUUGAGUUUGUGUUCCUCGCUUCCAGAGUGUCAAUGAGAUAAUCAAAUGGGCUCCACCAGCCCUCUUUCUAUGCAGCUGAACGCACUCAUGAAAAUCUCUGCCCGCAUCUAUUGCAAAGCAAGUAUAGCAAGUGAAUGUGAAAAGCAUUACAUGGAGUAGAAUGUUUUGGAUUUGGUUAGACCUAUGAUUCUGUAUUACAGUAUGUCACGUUGAGCUGAGCUGAACUGAAUCGCACCAGUCUUUUCAGUUUGGAAGAAAAAAAAGCAAACAUAAUUGGCAUGUCUUCUGCUGCACACAGGGUUUAUGCAGGUAAAAAGGAUUUGUACCCGUAUGGCCCAGCUUAAUCCCGACUGAAUUCAGCUUCUCAGCCUAUAUUAGUAAGGUGUUAACAAUCAGGUAAAUUUGUAAAGAAAACCUGAGGGAGGGAAAGAUUUUUGUCUCAUCUUCAAAUCCUGGGCAGAUAUAAAACAUCAGAGGGGUGAAGUAAUGUACCACUUGUAAAAACCCCAGCGUUUUGAGAGUAAGCUUGGAUGAGUCAUCUUCCAUUCUACUUGUUACAGGUAACUAACUCCUUAUAGGCCAAAUUAGAUUGUUACUUUGGUAGCCAGCUAGGAGCAUUUAACAAGGAGACAACUAAUUUAAAUAAAAAAUUAUAUAUUUUCAUCUCCACACAUACACACUCAGCAUCUGACUGUAUUAGCAUUAAUUAACCAUGAAGCAAAUCAGAAGUGCCCCAUCGUAUCAUUAUAAAAUGCAAACUAUCCAAAAGGCAAGCUGGUUUCUUAUUACUGGUAUUAGUCAAGAAAAUAAAACCAGCAGCAAAACCUUCUGUAAUGUGCUGCAUUUUCAGGCAAUGGUCUUGGUGAGAGGGACUGUCCAAGGAUAUUAUUUACAUUUGCCAUGAGGAGUUUAAGAAAACAUGGAUUUUGGUGGCUGCUGUGAUACGCACUUUCUUUUCCUACAAAAUCCUACCAUAGCGUUUGAUGGGCAUUCUGAUUGACGCAUAAGACUUUUCUGCAUUAAUACUGAAGAUGCUAUUUUGUUCCUCCUUAAUACUCUCUUUAAUCUCGUCGCAAGUGCACAGAUGGUUUCAAGGUGGCUCUUGAGAGAACACUACUUAAAAGUUCAUGUAAAUUAUGGACAAUGUUCACUUUAAACAAAAAGUUGGGGCGGGGGUUGUUCCUUUGCAGUAUCUGUUCUGUGAAGUUUGUUAAACGUAAAGAAAGCUUAAGUUCUUGUAUCUUAAAAGAAGAUCUUAUUUAACCCUUUUGUGUUCUAGAUUUACUUACACAUGUAGCCUAGACCUCAGUUUUAGUUUAACAUUGUGAAAAUAUUAAAAGGAUCUUGUAACUUUAUUCUUUUUCCUCAUGCUAAAAAAAAAAAAAUUAAACCAAUCAGAUUAAAGUUUGAAUUCCUUUCUGCCUAUUCCAACAGGUCUUGCUAUUUUGCACCUUUUCUCCUGCAGGUUUAUUUAAGAAAUACAAAUGGGGAAAAUACCAACAUUAGGUCACUAACUUCAAGCUGAAUUUACAACUGAUGGAAGGUGGACAGUAUUUUCUGCCAGUUUGGAAGGGGAAAUUAAUCUUUCUGCUGGGUUUCAAGUUUAGUCAUUUAUUUUGUAAGCAAAUCUGGCUAAAUCUACUGUAGCCAAUUCGGUCAAUUUAAUUUUGAGGUUAGAUACAGAAAUCAAAUGAACUGUUUUCAUUUGAUUCGUACUCUUAAGACAACUGCGUACUGUACACUUAUCUCAUUGGCAUCAAAGUUCUAAUGUCUUAAAUGUUCUUUCAUGCAUUUUGACAACUUCUUCAUCUAGAGGAGCUAUAUUCCAAAUCAUAAUGGGCUGUAUUAAUAAUGGAUAAGUAGAGGAAUAACUUGUUUCUUAAUCAUUUAGAUGCUAGAAAUACAAGGCUCAUUAAAACAAUGGAUUGUAUUAGAGGAAGAGAGAAUAUCAAGAUAAUUAUUUAAAAACAAUUUCGAAAAUUGUUGGGUAUUGAAAUUGGGCCCAAUUCAUGGGAUAUGUACAUGGGAUAAGUACACCCAUUUUUUUUCCAAAUUCAUAUGGUAUUUUCAGUUAUAAAACUGUGAUUCUUGAACAAGAUGGCUGUAUUAAGUAAAGGUAAGUUACAUAAAACAACUGUGCCUUUGCAUCAAAUUUCAGGCCUACAGCUGGGUGUGAGCCAAGGCUUCAAAGAAAAGUAAGAACUGCCAUGAAGGUUGCUAUGCCAGUGCCUGUCUUUAACUGCACUGGUUUCUGUCUUGAAGCAGUUUAGUGUCUUCAAUGAGAAGCAACGUAACUGUAAACUGAAGUACCUGAGAACAUGAACUCCUCUUCAGUAGCGCAGAGGCAACACCCUGAGAAGAGUCCUGGUGCAAUUAUAGCAAUCUGAAAGUAAUAUUUAACUGCUUUAUUUACUCCGUGAAAGGUGAUAAAUACCUUCAAAACUUGAAUUUUGCAUGGCUUUCUUCUUUUGGACAAACUGUAGUCUCCUGGCCUCGUGAACACAAUGUCCUGUUUAUAUUAACUUUGUACUCAUUGUGGUGUUUAGUUCAUUCUAGUCCUAGCAGUUCCUUCUGUGACUAUGCUACAGCUUAGAUAUAAAUCUCUAAAGGAUAAAAGCGCUUUUUUAAAACUCUUACAAUGACUAUUUCAGUACAAAGACUCACCAGGGAAGAAAACUGAUGCUACCGGUGUCAUAAAAAUACAAGUUUUAUACUCAAGAAAUGCACCAGUGGAAUAAUUGACAGCACCUAUGCUCACAGUUGAUGUGUACACAGUUAAGUGCCCAGACGAAUUAACAUUCUCUUUGUUGUAGUGUAGUUACUGGAAUUGUCAGUCAUCAGUGCAACAGCAAAGAGAAGGCCUAAUCAAAAGUAAUCUCUUAACGUCACACUGAGAUUGUAGCCAAUGCAUGCUGGAAGUAAAUCUGUAUGCUCCUGAGAACUUUUACACCUAGAAAACUAAUGGCAAUGUUUAAGACAACACUACUUUACUUAAAAUGACCUGUAUUUACUGGCACCAGAUGUUUAUUUCAUCACUCAAAUACCUGAUUAGAAUUCUGCACACAGAACAAAAAUAAUGCAAGCAGUAGUAAACCAUGGUUCACCAGAAAAGCUGAUGGGGCAGGAUCUGCUUUAUAAGAAUACAGUCCCUAUGUAACCAGCUCAUAAUCUUACCCUUAGCUGAGACUGUGUCUGUGCAUACUUUGCUACACAAAGGAACACACUGAAAAAACUGUUAGAAAGUAUUCACAAUGCACACUUGACAUGGUGAACUUGGGCAGUAGUAGGCUUUCUCUCUCACGAUCAGCAGCUUUUCCAGGAGAACAAACUUCAAUGCUGCUGAAAAGAGUCACUCUUAAAUAACAGUUAUCAAAGACAUCAGUGAUAACAACAUACUUUUCUUUCUCUUCCUAGUCUUGAUUCAUUUUUCUUUUUUCGUUGAGGCAGUCAGCAUGUGCAAGUGGGCAUUUGAAAGUAGUUCCACAUGAAUGUUGCUCUUUUUGGCUUUUCAGUACUCACCACAGGAAUGAAAAAAAAAAAAAAAGGCAUUAACUUUGUUCUUGCAAGCAGAUUAAAAUACAGACAUUGGUCUAUAGAAGUGAUAACCUCCUUGUGUAUUUUACUAUAGUGAUAAUGCUGUUUCUUCAAUUAACUGAAAUUUAAUGCAGACAUGAUUUACUUGUUCUGGAUGUUAGGCUAUGGGUUGUUUGAACUUCAGUUCUAUGAUAUUGUUCACAUACACCUUCCCAUAAACUCUGCAUACCUCAUCUUCCAAUCCAGAGUUGAGUCAGGAAGAAAGAAGGUGUGAAAGCAGGAGGCAGAGGAUGCAAAUUGACAAGUGCUUAGUGAUCACAUCCAUCUUCCUCUUCAAGUCAGCUCAGAUCAGAUCAUAAAAUGGUAAAGACACAAAUAUUUACUUGCCAAACAGCACCAACUUUUUUGACUCGGUACUACAGAAAACUGUUUUGCUUUAUCUUUGUGAAUAUACCUGUGUAGAGUCAGUUCUGCAACAUAUGAUGUUAUAUGCAAGGACUAUCUAAUUAGAAACCAUUUUUGAGGGAUUAUUUAGUAAUAACUACAUAUUUUGCUAAAGGACCUUCCUAUUUUGCAAUAUGCUAUUUUCUUCGGAAGAAAAAUAAGCAGAACUUUAUAAGACUAACUGUAAAUGAUUUCAAAUUCAGCACAUGCAUCUGAAGCAGUAGGAAAAGAUUACUGAAAUUUAUAUAUAGUUUUUAAAAAUUACUGCAUCCUCUAACAACAGGGGUUUGUUCUUCAGAUAGUAGCAAGUGUUGAUGGCAAUGGUUUAACCAUAAGCAGAAUGUUCCUUCUGCUAAGUUUGUGCAAAGCUAAUAACACACAAUAGGAUGCUGUGAGUUAAUAACUUGCAGCACAGUGCAGUGACUGUGUAAGUAAUGAGAAUAAAAUUAUAGAGAC